AAAAAUCUUCGGAAAAAUAUGUGUGCCGAUGAUUCAGUCAUUUUGAAGAAUUCUUAUUAUUGCGUGGCAACGCUUUGUCCGUGUAUGACGAAGAAUUAUGGUUUUAAUGGACCUCUUAUACUUGGACCAUUUAAUUUUGGUCCACAAACUGAACAGAUUAACGUGUGUCAAAACAAAUUAGAUCAAUCGAAAAGUAGUGUCUGUAGUUCUUUAGACAGUAUUGACUCUUUCCAUUAUUCUGAUUGCAUCGCUGACAGUGACACCAAUGAUUGCAAUGAUUCUAUAAAUUCGUCCAGUUCAUCAUCUCAGAACGUAAUUUGCCCCAAAUUAGUUGAAUGCACCGAAACUAAGCCAUCAAGAAAAGUUACAAAAUGUAGAAAAGAAACACCUAUUAUUCUUGAGCAUCAUUGCAGUUAUGUUUCCUUUCCCGAUAGAAGAGCGGAAGAACAUUUGGAAAAAUCGUAUUCAAAAAAAUCAGAAGAAGUUGCUAAAUGGGGUAAAUGUUACGACGUGGUUGAUUCUGUUUUCUACGAACGAGAUAAAAGAAUAAAAAUAUGUGAACAAAUGGGUCUCAAUAUAAAAGUUGCUGAACAAGAUUCGAAGAAAGUUUCUUGUAAAUGUGAGAACGCUGACGAAGAAGAAUUGUUGUCAACUCGUGUAUGUGGAUUGGAUAAACGAUGUACAUCGAAAUUACGUAACUGUAAAAGAAAAGAAACGGAGGAUGACGUAUCUAAGCACAUUUGCAGUAGACCGUCGCAUACUUGUCGAGUUGGUUUCGAUGGUGCCUGUAUUACUGGAGAUGAUUUUGAUAACUUAGAUAGGUUUCGCGAUAUUGGAAGUUGCGGAUUUGCUAAACUUUGUCGAAAACUUUUUAAAUGGGUCCAUUGUAUAUCCAAAAAUUGGCACGAUUUGAGAAGUUAUCCCCACAUUGUCGUUCAUUUGCCUUCAUUAAAUUACAAUAACGAAUUGAAAUGUAGAGCAAGAAAAACUUUUGAUUAUUUGCAAAAUAUUCAAGUUAUCGAUCUCUCAAGCAAAUUCUAUUGUUCUGUAGGUCGAGUAGGGUGGUUAGAUGAUCCAAACGUUGAGGUACUUUAUAUUUUCCCGACACCCCAAAGCGAAGAAUUGUUGACCAUCUUGCAAGAUUUAAUAAUAAGCGUACGUCCGGAUGUUGAUAUAUCUAAAAGGUUGUUAAUGUUACGACCAGAACCCAAAUGUCUUAUGAAAAAAUGUGUCAGUGGUAGUGCAAAUUUAUUUUUUUCACCUGACGUUUAUCGAAGAGUUAGAUUCUUGACAGCUGGCAGACAUGCGUUUAUUUUAUCUGGGGUUAUAGAUCAGAAAAAUAUUUUCAUUGCUUGCGAGUUGAAAAUACCGAUUAUGGGUCCGCCAUUGCAGUUUCAAAAACGAUUAUCGAGCAAGUCCUACAUAAUGGAAUUAUUGGACGUUAAUAAAAUUCAGCAUCCUCCAUUUCUGCAUGUUCACAGUUUUGGCCAGUUGUGUAGAGGCAUGGCUGUUAUGAUAAUCCAAUAUCCAAUGUACAAGACGUGGUUCGUAAAAAUAGAUAAUGGCUUUUACGGAUAUCAAACUGCUAUAGUUCGUUUCAAAACAGGUAUACUUGGAAGUGCAAUCAGAAACAUAGAACGAACAGGCAAUAUAAAGGAAGAUUUUUUGUGCAAAUUGUUGGCUGAAACUUUACCCACAGAAAUGCAAGUACAGAAAUCGAUUUAUCCGAAUAACAAAGAAUUUUUUCACGAUUUGGAAUCGUUCGGUAAAUUUCAUCAUAAUUGUGGAAAUGGUUUCGAAAAUUUGGCAAUUUUUCAAGCUUGUCCAAACAAUUAUUACGAUGUUUUGAGCAUCGGUGUGUUCAUCGAACAUGACUUGGCUAAACCCGUUGUUAUCACUGCUGCAGAAAUUAUUCACUUUGGUCGAGACAUUAGAAACGAUAUGGCAUACUUUCUACCUCAAAAUAAAAUCCUUCGAAGCGAGCUAGAACAACUGGUGGACAAUGUUGGGACAAUUUUACGAAACGAACACGUUGUUGGAUACUUUGGCAUCGAUCUUGUUUCUUUUCGUGAUCAAUUCGACGUAGGAAUACACGCGCACACUCAAACGUCAUUUAAAAAAAAAAAAAAUCAAAAUAAUUACAAACAUUUUGAAUUUUGUAUCAUUAUUUUUUCAAAAGUUCAACAGUUUUGGGUGAUAGAUAUAGAUCCUUAUUAUACUGAUUUAAUAGCAUUCAGCGAUUGGGUCAAAUUUUGUGUUGGUCCGUGUAAGGAUGGUAACGAAAAAUACGCGCAACAAAGUAAAAAUGAAUCGAAGAUCAGUAACAUAACUGAAUUGUUAAUCAAAGUUAACAGACACGCUAUUUGCUGUGGUAAACUUUAUGGCACUGGUUUGUCAAAAUAUUGUGGACAAACUUUAAUCAAUCUCUGCAAACAAAAUCAAAUAUAUUACGAUAAUCAGGAAAAAAUAGGAUGCAUGAUAUAUCCAACAGAUAGCCAUAAUCGUGCGCUCAACAUUGUGUCGAUAAAUUCAACGAGAUUGUUGACGAUAAAAAAAUUUAUCGAAGCUUUGAAAAUAUUAAACCAAUUAUCAUUGAGAAACAAUAUUCAUGAAACAUUAGUGGACACUGUAGAUUUGUGCAAUCAUUUCAAAUUGAUCGAAUAAAUGUUUCUAUCAAAUGCAAUAUUUUAUUCUACCGUCAAAUAAAAAUAAA